AUGAGCCAGCUGCUUCAGGGGGUGGAUGCUGUGGCUGGCAGGCAGCAACAGAGGAGAGACCCCGGGGCAAUUCACCGCUGGCUGGGGGGUUGCCGGGCAGCGCCGGGCGAUGGUGGGGUGAGCGCCAUGCGCCUCCUUCUGCUGGCAGUGCUGGUGUGCUUCUCGGUGGCCCGCGCGGGCUGCGAGCCCAAGGUGAUCAACAUUGGGGCGGUGCUCAGCACCAAGCGGCACGAGCAGGUCUUCCGUGAUGCCAUCGGCCAGGCCAACAAGCGGCACGGCACCUGGAAGAUCCAGCUCAAUGCCACCUCCGUGACCCACAAGCCCAAUGCCAUCCAGAUGGCGCUCUCCGUCUGCGAGGACCUCAUCUCCAGCCAGGUCUACGCCAUCCUGGUGAGUCACCCACCGGCUCCCAAUGACCACCUCACCCCGACGCCCGUGUCGUACACAGCCGGUUUCUACCGGAUCCCGGUCAUCGGCUUGACCACGCGGAUGUCCAUCUAUUCGGACAAGAGUAUCCACCUAUCUUUCUUGCGCACGGUUCCCCCAUACUCACACCAGUCCAAUGUCUGGUUUGAGAUGAUGCGCUUCUACAAGUGGAACCACAUCAUCCUGAUCGUCAGUGAUGACCAUGAGGGCCGGGCGGCCCAGAAGAAGCUCGAGACCCUCUUGGAGGAGAAGGAAUCCAAGGCAGAGAAAGUCCUUCAGUUUGAGCCGGGCACCAAGAACGUCACGUCUCUGCUCCUGGAGGCCAAGGAACUGGAGGCCAGGGUCAUCAUCUUGUCUGCCAGUGAGGACGAUGCGACCACCGUGUACACGGCUGCUGCCAAGGAAAACAUGACUGGUCCCGGCUACGUCUGGCUGGUGGGGGAACGGGAGAUCUCCGGGAAUGCCCUCCGGAACGCCCCAGAAGGUCUCAUCGGUCUCCAGCUCAUGAACGGGAAGAACGAGUCGGCUCACAUCCGCGACGCCGUGGCCAUGGUGGCCCAAGCCGUCCAUGAUUUAUUUGAGAAGGAGAAUAUCACUGACCCGCCCAGGGGAUGUGUGGGGAACACCAACAUUUGGAAAACAGGGCCGCUCUUCAAGAGGGUGCUGAUGCAGACGAAGUAUGCCGAUGGCGUGACAGGCCGGGUGGAGUUCAACGAAGACGGAGACCGCAAGUACGCCAACUACAGCGUCAUGAACCUUCAAAACAACAAGUUGGUCCAGGUCGGCGUCUACAACGGCAGCCACUUCCUGCCCAAUGACCGCAAGAUCAUCUGGCCUGGAGGAGAAACCGAGACGCCACAGGGCUACGAGAUGUCUACGAAGCUCAAGAUCGUCACCAUCCACCAAGAGCCCUUCGUCUACGUGAAGCAGACCCUCGCCGAUGGCAAGUGCAAAGCCCUCACCAACAGCACCGGCGGCUUGGUCCAGCAAGUCCUCUGCACGGGGCCCAACGUGACCAUGCCAGGUCGCCCCAGCGUCAUGCUCUGCUGCUAUGGGUUCUGUAUUGACCUCCUCAUCAAGCUGGCCAAGACCAUGAACUUCACCUACGAGGUCCACCUGGUGGGUGACGGGAAGUUUGGCACCCAGGAGCGGGUGAACAACAGCAACAAGAAGGAGUGGAAUGGGAUGAUGGGGGAACUCUUGAGCGGACAGGCCGAUAUGAUUGUGGCUCCUCUGACCAUCAACAAUGAGAGGGCCCAGUACAUCGAGUUCUCCAAGCCCUUCAAGUACCAGGGACUCACCAUCCUGGUGAAAAAGGAAAUCCCCCGCAGCACCUUGGACUCGUUCAUGCAGCCAUUCCAGAGCACCCUGUGGCUUCUGGUGGGCCUCUCGGUCCACGUGGUGGCUGUGAUGCUGUAUCUCCUGGACCGGUUCAGCCCCUUCGGCCGCUUCAAAGUCAACAGCGAGGAAGAGGAAGAGGACGCCCUGACUCUGUCAUCCGCCAUGUGGUUCUCCUGGGGAGUCUUACUCAACUCUGGCAUCGGAGAAGGCGCUCCCCGGAGCUUCUCUGCUCGGAUCCUGGGGAUGGUGUGGGCCGGAUUUGCCAUGAUCAUUGUGGCAUCUUACACUGCCAACCUGGCAGCCUUCCUGGUGUUGGACAGACCCGAGGAACGGAUCACAGGCAUCAAUGAUCCCAGGUUGCGCAACCCCUCCGACAAAUUCAUCUAUGCCACGGUCAAGCAGAGCUCGGUGGACAUCUACUUCCGCCGCCAGGUGGAGCUCAGCACCAUGUACCGGCACAUGGAGAAGCAUAACUACGAAAGCGCGGCUGAGGCCAUCCAGGCCGUGCGGGACAACAAGCUCCAUGCCUUCAUCUGGGACUCGGCAGUCUUGGAAUUCGAAGCUUCUCAGAAGUGCGACCUGGUGACCACGGGAGAGCUCUUCUUCCGGUCAGGAUUUGGGAUCGGGAUGCGGAAGGACAGCCCCUGGAAGCAGAACGUCUCGCUGGCCAUUCUGAACCUCCAUGAAAACGGCUUCAUGGAAGAACUUGACAAGACUUGGGUGAGGUACCAGGAGUGCGACUCGCGAAGCAACGCCCCGGCCACCCUCACCUUUGAGAACAUGGCAGGGGUCUUCAUGCUGGUGGCCGGAGGGAUCGUGGCCGGCAUUUUCUUGAUCUUCAUCGAGAUCGCCUACAAGAGGCACAAGGACGCCCGUCGAAAGCAGAUGCAGCUGGCCUUCGCGGCGGUCAACGUCUGGCGGAAAAACCUGCAGCAGUACCACCCCACCGACCUCGCAGGGCAGCUCAACCUCUCGGACCCCUCGGUCAGCACUGUGGUGUGAGGGCCACCAGCUCGGGAAGGGGCGGGGCGGCGGAGGCUUGGGGGUCCGCCCCCCGCACCGCUUCUUUCCUGCCCACCCCCUCUCGGACUACCCCGGGGGCCUCGGAAUGGACCAGUUCUUCUUCUUUUUCUUCUCACACGGACCUCCCUUGGGGACUGGCGCAAAGGAGUUGGCCCCGCCCACUGCACCGCGGACGGAGACCUGGCUCCUGUAUGCCUCCGGCACCCGGGGCCCAUUUCCUGCCACCCCUUGGAAGGACGAUCUCCCGGGGAAAAAAUCCCGUCUGUGGACGUUGCUCCUCUUCCGGUUGUCCACGUUGGGGCUUGCUCGAUUGGAGGGGGCAUCUUCCUUCCCU